AUGUGUGCAGAAUGUCCCAAUGGUAUCCAGUGCUACUCCACCAUUCUGAGCCACUACCAGAAAUACAGCCACUCCCUGCUUGCCCACAGCCGAGCAACCAAUGGCACGGUCUUCUUCGGUCUUUGCUUGGAGACGGUGACCAAUGACGGGGCCAAAUUAAGCUUGGAGAGCUCACAGGACAGCCAGAGUUCUUCUCCCAUUAACAGACACAGUGGAGCUACAUCCUCCACAAAGCCAAAUGCCCUUCUGCUGCUCCAGUCUCCUGCUCCAGAGGUAAUCCGAAAAAAAAAAGGCUGGUCACCUUCUACCAAAGGCUUGAAGUCUACCUUCCAAGAGUAUAAAACAAAAGUAUCAACUCCUCAUAAGGACAAUAGUGGGUGUGAAAGCCUUGAGGGUGGUUUUGUCAAAGCAGAGCCCUCUGCUUUUAGUGAUGAUGAGAUCUCCUAUUCCCCCAUCUCUGAGUUCCCCCCAGAUAUAGAAGUGAAUGGAACACAACCAAGAAAAGCACUAUUUCCAAGCAGUAUGUUGGAAGAUGGGGACAAUAAUGACUCAAUGUUGUUGUUCAGUGAUGGAGUCUCAAGUGACGAUGAGUUAUUUUCCAACCUUGUGGCUCAUUCUGAAAUAAAUGAAGUUGUAGGUUCUCCAGUAUUCAACGACACCCAAGUGGUGUCAAUUAGCUCAUUAGUGCCUAGCAAUCAUCUACCUAGCUCCUCAAGAGAAGAGCAUACAGAGGAUAACUGUAAUGCGUUCAGUGCUAGGCCUCCACUCCAGUCUCCAGAAAGUAUAGUAUUAGAAAGCUUACGGGAGCGCCUGUUCAGCCCAAACAUCAAUAGCAGCCUCCAUUCCAAAAGCUUGGAUCAGUGCCCCACUCACACAAACACAGCGUUGAACAUGUCAUUACCUCAAGUGCCUCCAUCUUCCGAAGCUUCCCCCACCCAACAAUCUCAGGCAACCAUGGCACCUAGGAAGGGCAAGGGCAAGGGUGCAGCCUCUAGGCUCAAACAGACAGACAUUGGGGUGUUUUUUGGGCUCAAGCCCCUGAAGGACAAAGAGAAGGAGCAGGAGGCUGGGAAUGGGAAUGUUUUACCUGGGGUGAGUCUCCAGCAGGAUCCUGUACUCGGAGAGCGCAAGGGAGGCAAAGGGGACCAUGGAAGAUGUCAGAGGAAAGGCAGAGGUGCAAAUGCCACGGAGACCCCUAAAGUUGGAGUGAGAUCAGACGGUGGGACUACACAGACUCCGAGUGAGGGAGGUAGGAAGAGGUGGAACAGGGGGAGAACUGAUGGAGAGCAAGGGGAGCCCAAGCGAUGCCCGUUUUAUAAAAAGAUUCCAGGUGAGUUGGUCGGUGACGAGUGUAAGUAGCAUGCAGUGUGCCCUGUGGAUGGCUAAUUGGUAGCAGGAACAACCUCCUGAGAUAGCUUAACAUACUGCUAACAAUGUGCAGUCGGAGACUGACGUAGGCUAUCCACAGGAAAGUAUUAUUAAACCGACUUACGGGGGACUUUUUGAAGAUAGCCACCCCUAGCGCCUUCCAUGAAAAAUGUAGGAGAAAGUACAUCUUAUUGUAUUAUACCUUAGUCUCCGACUGUAGUACAUCUUUAUUGUAUUAUACCUUAGUCUCCGACUGUAGUACAUCUUAUUGUAUUAUACCUUAGUCUCCGACUGCAGUACAUCUUAUUGUAUUAUACCUUAGUCUCCGACUGCUAUCAAUAUCAGGAUGUCCCGGCUAACCCUAUGCUACAGUGUAAAAGGCUUAGGCCUACCUGGGUUUAGGGCAAAAUAAAAAAGUGCAAAUACCAGUCAGCUCCAGGUGAGCUAAAUCACCUAGUGGAAAUCUACACAUUUAGUACUAAUUUCAUUCUGCAACAUGUUUUUCUCAAGUAUGACUGGAAGUGACUAGCGUCCUUCUCUUUUUUCUCUCUUUUUGCACAGGCACUAAGAUUGCUGUGGAUGCUUUUCAGUAUGGGCUGGUAGAGGGCAUCACCAGUUACUUCCUCACACACUUCCAUUCAGACCACUAUGGAGGCCUGAAGAAGAGCUCUACAUUCCCUAUCUACUGUAACAGAGUAAGGGCACUUCCCAACUAAAACAGAUGCAAGUGGGCCAAUGCAUGCUGUCAAUCAAUCAAAUGUAUUUUAUAAUUUUGAUUGCGGCAGAAAUCCCAAUAGAGAGUUGGGGCCAAGCAGAGACUGCAAGGGUGGCUUGUCACUCCAUUACCUUGCCGUUCACCUUCCCACCCCUGGGCCAGACUCAAUCAUAGGACUGAAUGAAGAGAGAAGUCUUCAGUCUUAACUUAACCACUCUCAAAUUCAUAGACAGAGCUUUGGAUGCAAGGACUGACCAUCCAUGAUACCAAAAUUAUAGUUUUAACCAUGUUUUGAGGCUAUAUAGUAUUUGUUUCAUUUACUUUGUUUACAAACAUUGGAAUAAAACAAGCUUAUAUUUUGGGUUCUGAUGGGGUACAACAGUUGAACUAAGCUCAUGAGGCAUUUAUAAGUUAUAUUCGUCAAUAAUCAAUGGGUCAUAAAUGUAUAAGUCCAAAAGUUGAUGUAGGAACUGCAGAUUGCCCCUUUAAAGGGCAGCUGAACUCACUGAUUUCGCCUUGGUUUUUGACCUCAUUAAGUAAAAUGCGAUUUGGGUCUUGGGCAGUGGUGGAAAAAGUACCCAAUUGUCAUACUUGAGUAAAAGUAAAGAUACCUUAAUAGAAAAUGACUCAAGUAAAAGUGAAAGUCAUCCAGUACAAUACUACUUGAGUAAAAGUCUAAAAGUAUGUGGGUUUUAAAUAUACUUAAGUAAAUGUAAUUGCUAGAAUAUACUUAAGUAUCAAAAGUAAAAAUAGAAAUCAUAUCAAAUUCCUUAUAUUAAGCAAACCAGACGGCACCAUUUACUAGUUUUUUUUAAUUACAGAUAGCCGGGGGCACACUCCAACACUCAGACAUCUUUACAAACGAAGCGUUUGUGUUUAAUGAGUCCGCCAGAUCAGAGGCAGUAGGGAUGACCAGGGAUGUUCUCUUGAUAAGAGCGUGAAUUUGACCAUUUUCCUAUCCUGCUAAGCAUUCGAAAUGUAAUGAGUACUUUAGGGUGUCAGGGAAAAUGUAUGGAGUAAAAAGUACAUAAUUUUCUUUAGGAAUGUAGUAUAGUAAAAGUAAAAGUUGUCAAAAAUAUAAAUAGUAAAGUACAGAUACCCCAAAAAAACUACUUAAGUAGUACUUUAAAGUAUUUUUACUUACGUACUAUACACCACUGGUCUUGGGGGUGUGGUUUGAUCAGUGGGUUUGAUGUGGGUGAGUUAAGUUCGCUAUAGCCUACCGUUGUGUGUUCCUCUUCUCUCACCGUAGUUGAAAUAGCCCAAACAGCCACUGUACUUUGGCUAAAGGAAUGAUAGUUGUGUUUCGGAUGCUAACGUUACCUCAUGAAUGUCAGGAUGUUUGAGUUGGGAAAAAACAAGCCGUUUAUAAAGAACACGUCUUGUUCUUUCAACCGAACAUUGGCGACAAUGUAUUGUAGGCUAGCUAUGUCUCGUUCGUUGUCUCAUGUCAAUCAAACACAUCACCAGGGGCUGCAUGCUAAUGACUUGAUAGGGUAGUCUAUAAAGAAAUGGAUGGGCUGCUGCUAUCAUUGGAUAGCGUACACCAGUAGGCUUCCUGUUGAGGCAAGGGCUGAUUUCAAAGUUGUACUUUUAAAGAGGAGCUGAACCAAAAAAACAACUUGUUGAAAACUGCCUAUGUGACAUCGAUAGUAGUCAAAAACAUCUAUUGUAGUCCCAAAAUGUACUAAAAAGUGUAAGAAGGAUAAUUUUUGUCAUAGUCAGUACCUUCCAAAACUGAGAUUUGCUGCACACUAUCCAAUCAUAGCAACAAUUUAACCUACAGCCCACCCAUUUCUUUACAGACAGCAGAACAACCCUAUUGAGGCUAGCACUGGAGUAAUAUAAACUUUUUGGUUCUAGUCAAGAUUGUAGCAGCCGUAUUCUUCACUAGUUGAAGUUUAUUUAGUGCUGUAAUCCGGGAAGCUGGAGAGUAGAGCACUUCAGUAGUCUAAUCUUGAAGUGACAAGAGCAUGGAUUCGCUUUUCCACAUCGCAUUUGGACCAAAUGUUAUCUGAUUUUUACAAUGUUACGAAGAUGGAAAAAAGCUGCUCUUUAAAUAUUUGUUAUAAAUAUAUGUUGGAUCAGAGUCCAGAGUAUCGCCAAGGCACGAGGACAGACGCAAUGCCACGGUCCAAAGCCAUUAAAAGGUUGUUCACCGCCUUCACAAGUGCAGUCUCAGUACAAUGAUGGUGUCGAAAUCCAGAUUGGAGCGUUUCGUAGAUAUUAUUUGUCUUCAGGAAGGCAGUGAGUUGCUGUGCAUUUUACUGUGGGAGAUAUUGAGGCAGAAUAAUGUCAAUUGCUUGUAUUCAAUUUAAUUACUUGAUGAACAGUCAGGAUCUGUUGCAUUCAAAGAUCAACCUGUGUCUAUGUAAUGGUAGGGGCUUCACAAGCCAAGGUGGUUCUGUUUUGCUUAUUUUCUUACUAUAGAAAAAUAUAUAUUAAUACAUACCGUCAGCUUUCUUCAUUCAGAAUACCUAAUCAAAUAGGUUUUGGUUGUGAGUCCAAGUUGCUGUUUGCCUGUGUUCAGCCAAGCUCCAGGGGUGAAUUAGAAAUCACUUUUAAAUUGCCUCCCUGUCUACGGUCAGAUUAUCUACUUUCUCCUAGAAGUGUGCCCAUGCUUGCACUAAUCCAGCUAAAAACAUAAUUUAACACUUAACCCUUCUGUUCUGGCAGAUAUGAAGGAACCGGAUAGGUGUAACUCCACCUAGCCUUCCAAUGUGCUUAGGAGGAGCUUCUGUCCAUAUUGAUUUCGCCUAUGUGGUUCUCUCAGAUCUGAAAUGAUAGUAGAUUGGGCAUGGUGCUAGUCCGGAUUGUGGUGUCCUUGCUAAUAUGAGCAGCUCAGAAUGUAGUGCGGAACAAAUGGGAAAGUGGCAGAGAUGGUGCUCGAACCCCUGUGGCCAGGAGCUACAGUGCCUUCAGAACGUAUUUAUACUCCUUGACUUAUUCCACAUUUUGUUGUUAUAGCCUGAAUUCAAAAUGUAUUAAAAAAAAAAUAAAAAAAUCACCCAUCUACACACAUUACCCCAUAAUGACAAAGUGAAAACAUAUUUGUAGAAUUUUUUUGCUAAUUUAUUGAAAAUGAAAUACAGAAAUAUCUCAUUUACAUAAGUAUUCACACCCCUGAGUCAAUAUUUUUUUUUGUUGAUCAUUGCUAGACAACCAUUUCAGGUCUUGCUAUAGAUUUUCCAGCAGAUUUAAGUCAAAACUGUAACUCGACCACUCAUGAACAUUCACUGUCUUCUUGGUAAGCAACUCCAGUGUAGAUUUGGCCUUGUGUUUUAGGUUAUUGUCCUGCUGAAAGGUGAAUUCAUCUCCCAGUGUCUGGUGGAAAGCAGACUGAAUCAGGUAUUCCUCUAGGAUUUUGCCUGUGCUUAGCUCCAUUCCAUUUCUUGUUUAUCCUGAAAAACUCCCCAGUCUUUAACGAUUACAAACAUACCCAUAACAUGAUGCAGCCACCGCUAUGCUUGAAAAUAAUAUGGAGAGUGGGACUCAGUAAUGUGUUGUAUUGGAUUUGCCCCAAACAUAACACUUUGUAUUCAGGACAAAAAAUUAAUUACUUUGCCACAUUUAUUUGCAGUAUUACUUUAGUGCCUUGUUGCAAACAGAAUGCAUGUUUUGGAAUAUAUUUAUUCUGUACAGGCUUCCUUCUUUUCACUCUGUCAAUUAAGUUAGUAUUGUGGAGUAACUACAAUGUUGUUGAACAUCCUCAGUUUUCACCUAUCACAGCCAUUAAACUCUGUAACUGUUUUAAAGUCACCAUUGGCCUCAUGGUGAAAUCCCUGAGUGGUUUCCUUCCUCUCUGGAAACGGAGUUAGGAAGGACGCCUGUAUAUUUGUAGUGACUGGGUGUAUUGAUACACUAUCCAAAGUGUAAUUAAUAAUAUCACCAUGCUCAAAGGGAUAUUCAAUGUCUGCUUUUUUUACCCAUCUACCAACAGGUGCUCUUCUUUGCGAAGCAUUGGAAAACCUCCCUGGUCUUUGUGGUUGAAUCUGUGUUUAAAAUUCACUGAUCGACUGAGGAACCUUAAAGAUAAUUGUAUGUGUGGGGUACAAAGAUGAGGUAGUCAUUCAGAUAUCAUCAUAAACACUAUUAUUGCACACAGAGUGAUUCCAUGUAACUUUGUGUGACUUGUUAAGCAAGUUAUUACUGCUGAAUUUGUUUAGGCUUGCCAUAACAAAGUGGUUGAAUACUUAUUGACUCAAUACAUUUCAGCUUUUCAUUUGUGGAAAACAUAAUUCCACCUUGACAUUGUGAGGUAUUGUGUGUAGGCCAGUGACAAAAAAAUCUCAAUUUAAUCCAUUUUAAAUUCAGACUGUAACACAAUAAAAUGUGGAAUAAGUCAAGGGGUAUGAAUACAUUCUGAAGGCACCGUAUAUGUAGUCAGACUCCGGCACUGCAGCCCAUUUAUUGACAGCUCACAGCUGUGCGUCUCCCCAGAUCACAGGUAACCUGGUGAAGAGUAAGCUGAGGGUGGCUGAGCAGUACGUCCACAUCCUGCCCAUGAACACCCAGGUCACUGUGGAUGGGUUCAAGGUCACACUGCUUGAGGCCAACCAGUAAGUAUCUGAAGAAAUCAAAGGGCUUUAAAUAGAGUACGAAUUGUUGACCCAUCUUGACUCUUCUUCCCUAUAGUAGUAUGAAAAAUAUGUCAUAUGGUGAGAAUUCCACCCAGCAUAUCAGAGAGCACAGUGAAACAAUUACCAUACAGAACCUAUCCAUUCCUUUCAGAUCUACUGGUUUUCUUAGGGGGUAGGGUUCAAUUUGGUAUUCAGAAAUGGUCUUGAGUUGUGAUAUGUGACCUGGUCCUCUCCUCUCUGCCCAUAGCUGUCCAGGAGCUGCCAUGCUGUUGCUGUUCCUGCCCGAUGGCCAGACUGUGCUUCACACGGGAGACUUCAGAGCUGACCCUUCUAUGGAGGCCUACCACGAGCUGCUGAGCUGCCGAGUCCAGACACUCUACCUGGACACCACGUUAGUUUUUUUAAGCUAGGGUUAGGCUAAGGGUAGAGCCGUGGUGUGGACAUGAAACUAGGUUUAGGGUUUAAGUUAGGGUUAGGGUUGAGCCGGGGUGUUGACAUAAAGGCACUGUUAGGGUUAUGGCUAGGGUCAGGGUUGAGUCGGGGUGUGGUCAUGAAGCUAGGGUUACGGUUAGGGUUGAGCCGGGGUGUGAACAUGAAACUAGGGUUAGGGUUUGAGUUAGGGUUGAGCCAGGGUGUUGAGCUGGGGUGUGGACAUGAAGUUAGGGUUAUGGCUAGGGUUAUGGCUCAAUUUAACCACUGCUGUUAAACACCUCUAUCUCUAACCAUUUCUAGCUACUGCAGUCCUGAAUACACCUUCCCCACGCAGCAGGAGGUCAUAAACUUUGCGGCCAACACAGCCUUCAAAUGUGUGACCCUCAACCCUCGCACUCUGGUGGUGUGUGGCUCCUAUUCAGUGGGCAAAGAGAAAGUCUUCUUGGGUGAGUGCUGAUUUGAGUGUUUGAUCACCUUAAAAUAACUUUAUUGAGCUACACCAGUGGUCACCAACCUUUUCUGAGUCAAGAUUACUUUCGCAGUAAAAAAGGAAGCCGGUAUCUACCGCUCAGAUUUUUUUUAAAAACAUGUUUUAUUUUUUUAUUAACCUAAUAAAAACCGUUCUAUAGGAAUGAGGUUUGUGCAGUAGGCCUAAUACAUUAUCACAGCAUAUUGGCUAUAUGUUUAGCCUGCCAAUAUUGUUAUUCUCAGACCAUAUUAUAUUUCAAAACCCAAGUUUGUUAACAAAAUACAUCAGUUGGUGUAGCACUUGCGAGGCACAGCUGAGCAUAAAUUGCAAAUAAUUUGCUUUUUCACUUUACUGGACUGAUGGUAGAGAUGCAUCUGAUGGUUAUGGUGCUUUCAAAACAACUGGGAACUCAAGAAAAAAAAAGUUUACGACUUGGAAUUCAGAGUUGGAUGACAGUUCAAAACUAUUUUUCCCAGUCUUCCCAGUUGUUUUGAACGCUCGGGAAGUCAGAGAUUUCCGAAAUCGCAGUUGUUUUUUCCUAGUUCCCAGUCUCAGCGGAGGGAGGGAGAGGGCAGCAGAGGGUUUGCCUCUCACGGUCCCUGCUCUCUCCUUCCUUUCCUCCGGUGAGACUGACCAGAAAGAUGGGACACAGUCUUUCACCUGAUGGCGAAACUCAAGUCGCACCGCAUCUGCAUCUGCUACAUGCACAAAUUGAUGUUGUUCCUAUGAUCAGAGAAAGUGAAAUAUUCCUGAUAUUAAAAUAGAUCUAGUCCUGCUUUGUCGCAUUUCAUGAAGGCUCUAUGCCAGUGAUUCUCAACUGGGGGGUCGCGACCGGGAGGAUUUUAAGGGGUCGCAGGACUUGUGCAAAAAUAAUAAUACAAAUAAAACGUAUUUUGAAAGGUAACCGCUGCACCGCUUAUUGUUGCUGACUUUACACGUGCAGUGCGUCCGCCGCAGUGGUGAAAUGGCUAGCUACAUUCGGACUCUGAGGGUUUUCGCGCUGCACUCACACACUGACCAAUACAAUAACGUUCUCGCCCUACACACACACACACACACACACUGAUCUAAUGAAAUGACAGAUUUCUCCACACACACACAGUGAUCCAAUAAAAAUGUCAUUUUGCAACAUUGUUUUGUUUUAAAUCUGACACGUCCAAUCAGAUAAUACAGAUCUUCUUCUGACAGCUAGCUUAAUUGACAGCUAACUAUGCAGAUGUGUUCUGCAGGCAUUGCACAUGUGGAUAGUUAGCGUCAUUUAAGUUAUGUAGGCUAGCUGUCAGAGUAAACUCAUGGACAAGUUUUUAAAACGGGCAGCUCCCUCUUCAUCUACUGCUGCUUCCAGUGUCAACAACAAGGCAGAGAACCCGGUCCCUGUCAGGAAGAGAAAAUACCACCCAAAUAUGGUUUUACAUAGGGUGCAUUCGUAAAUUCGCUCUGGCUAUCUAUUCCGAUUUCAGAGCACUCUCAUCUGAGUGUGCCAAAGCGCAGAAUAACUGAUUAAUUUUACGAACACACCCAUGUAUAGAAGACAGUCAGGGUGAGUGGAGGCCGUAGUGCGUCCUAUGCAACGAGCUGUUAGCUAAUGAGAGCAUGAAACCCUCCAACUUACAGUCAUACGUAUGCACGUAUGACUGUAAGUCGCUUUGGAUAAAAGCGUCUGCUAAAUGGCAUAUUAUUAUUAUUAUUAUAUGAAAAGUCAUCUUGGCACCAAGCAUCCAAGCCACAAUACCAAUACAGCUGACUUUUUUAAAACAAAAUGUCAAUAUCUGGAGGCCUCACAAGAUUCAUUGAACGAGGUAUGCACGGUACAAGAAAAGGCACUUCGCGAAUCAUACCUUGUGGCCCAGCGCUUUGUUAAGUGCAAAAAAGCCCACACCAGCGCAGAGAAUCUCAUACUCCCUGCUGCGAUUGAUAUGUGCACUGAAAUCUUGGGAGAGUCAGCCGCCAACAAACUUAAAACCAUACCCCUAUCCAAUGACACCAUGAGGAGGAGAAUCCAGGACAUGUCUGAGGACAUAACGCACCAGACAUCAGAGCGCAUCAGUGCAAAUGGCCAUUACGCACUGCAGCUUGAUGAAUCCACAGAUGUGGCUAACCAUGCAAUUCUAAUGGUCUAUGUCAGACACAUCUGGGAUAAUAACUUCGCGGAGCAGUUCUUUUUUUAGUGCUGAUUUGCCCACCACCAACACUGCAGAGCCUGUCUUUAACACAAUGGAUAUGUACCUGGGCUCCGUGGGACUGGCCUGGGAUGGGUGUGUAGGUGUGACCACUGAUGGGGCAGCUGCCAUGAUGGGAAAGCACUCCGGGGUAGUAAAGCGGGUCCUGGAGAGAGCACCGAGUGCAACGUGGAACCACUGCUUCCUACACAGGGAGGCAUUGACAGCGAAGGACAUGGUGCCUGAGCUCCACGCCACUCUCCAGGAUGUGAUCAAGUGUGUCAACUAUAUCAAAAAGAGUUCCACAAAAAGCAGGUGUUUCCAGGCCUUCUUUAGGGAUAUGGGAUACCAGCAGGUGCUUUAUCAUGCAGAGGUCCUCUUAAAGGGAGUGCUCCUAAUCUCAGCUUGUUACCUGUAUAAAUGACACCUGUCCACAGAGGCAAUCAAUCAAUCAGAUUCCAAACUCUCCACCAUGGCCAAGACUAAAGAGCUCUCCAAGGAUGUCAGGGACAAGAUUGUAGACCUACACAAGGCUGGAAUGGGCUACAAGACCAUCGCCAAGCAGCUUGGUGAAAAGGUGACAACAGUUGGUGCGAUUAUUCGCAAAUGGAAGAAACACAAAAGAGCUGUCAAUCUCCCUCGGCCUGGGGCUCGAUGCAAGAUCUCACCUCGUGGAGUUGCAAUGAUCAUGAGAACGGUGAGGAAUCAGCCCAGAACUACACAGGAGGAUCUUGUCAAUGAUCUCAAGGCAGCUGGGACCAUAGUCACCAAGAAAACAAUUGGUAACACACUACUCCGUGAAGGACUGAAAUCCUGCAGCGCCCGCAAGGUCCCCCUGCUCAAGAAAGCACAUAUACAUGCCCGUCUGAAGUCUGCCAAUGAACAUCUGAAUGAUUCAGAGGAGAACUGGGUGAAAGUGUUGUGGUCAGAUGAGACCAAAAUGGAGCUCUUUGGCAUCAACUCAACUCGCCGUGUUUGGAGGAGGAGGAAUGCUGCCUAUGACCCCAAGAACACCAUCCCCACCGUCAAACAUGGAGGUGGAAACAUUAUGCUUUGGGGGUGUUUUUCUGCUAAGGGGACAGGACAACUUCACCGCAUCAAAGGGACGAUGGACGGGGCCAUGUGCCGUCAAAUCUUGGGUGAGAACCGCCUUCCCUCAGCCAGGGCAUUGAAAAUGGGUCGUGGAUGGGUAUUCCAGCAUGACAAUGACCCAAAACACACGGCCAAGGCAACAAAGGAGUGGCUCAAGAAGAAGCACAUUAAGGUCCUGGAGUGGCCUAGCCAGUCUCCAGACCUUAAUCCCAUAGAAAAUCUGUGGCCAGCAACGAGCCCAGAUCUCAAUCCCAUUGAACACGUCUGAGACCUGUUGGAUCGGAGGGUGAGGGCUAGGGCCAUUCCCCCCAGAAAUGUCCAGGAACUUGCAGGUGCCUUGGUGGAAGAGUGGGGUAACAUCUCACAGCAAUAACUGGCAAAUCUGGUGCAGUCCAUGAGGAGGAGAUGCACUGUAGUACUUAAUGCAGCAGGUGGCCACACCAGAUACUGACAGUUACUUUUGAUUUUGAACCCCCCUUUGUUCAGGGACACAUUGUUCCAUUUCUGUUAGUCACAUGUCUGUGGAACUUGUUCAGUUUAUGUCUCAGUUGUUGAAUCUUGUUAUGUUCAUACAAAUAUUUACACAUGUUAAGUUUUCUGAAAAUAAACGCAGUUGACAGUGAGAGGACGUUUCUUUUUUUGCUGAGUUAAAUGUAUUUGGAUAUCUGAAUGUCUAGCAUCUGUUUGAUGCUACAGAGCCCUGUACAGCUUAUAUAAAUAUAUUCUGUGAAGCCAUAAGGGAAGACAAAUUUUGAAGAUUGAUAGAAAAUAUCCAUAUUUAUUUUAUGGGGGUUCUACAUCAAGCCCUGUUCCUGGAGAGCUACCGUCAUGUAGGUUUUCACUCCAACCCUAAUCUAGCACACCUGAUUCUAAUAAUUAGCUGCGUUUACACAGGCAUCCCAAUUCUGAUAUUUCUUCCACUAAUUGGUCUUAUUCAUAUCAGAUCUUUUUCAGAACUGAUCUGAUUUGUCAAAAGACCAAUAAGGAAAAAAAUAUUAGAAUUGGGCUGGCUGUGUAAACGCAGCCACAGUCUUUAAUCCGGCUUCGGUACACUGGCAAUGGUGGGCUGGGGAAGCUGAGACUCUUUGAUCUUAUGGCGAUGGGCUUGACCUGUCUGCGGUGAACGGCCAGCUGGAAAAGACUCUGCAGAAAGUCUUAACCACCAACUGUUUGGUCCAGAAUAUUUGCUCCUGGAUUUUGGGUUUUUCAGCAGGGCACUGUGGAAUGACUCCAGAUAAUCUGAGUUUUACAAAAAGAAAAGGUAAAAAGAGAGGGGUGGAUUAAAUUGAUUACAUAGUCUGGAAGGUACUCUUUGGUCCUUAGGCUACCUCUGACCACCUGUAACCCCAUAACACAAACACUACCCAAUUCAUGUUUAUACCAUUGAGCUAUUUUAGCCGUCAGCUUGUAAAUAUUUUGGCCAAUUUACCUUCACCUUGUGCAGAGCUAGGGGUUGGAAGUGCAUGUUCGUGGAAUCAGAUACUGUACCACCUACAACAAAAUAAACAACAAUACACAUUAAUUGGUCCAAAAUUGGAACACUUUGCCUACCCCCUGCGCAGGGCUUCUGAAUUGCGAUCGACCGGUUGGUGACCACUGAGCUACACAAUCAAUUUGAGACACUUUGGGAUGAUUUGGACAUGAACUGCGAACAAUGCUACAAUUGACUUGCAUUGGAUGUUUGACAAAGAUGCUUUGUGUAGAGCUUAAGGGACAGUGUGGCCAUUGACCAUUUAACAAGCCACUUUCAAGAUUUUAAUCUUGGGUAGCCAACUGAACUACUAGAAGUAGAAUCCAACAAUACCCAUCAUGAAUCGGUGAAUAAAAAUUGGCUAUACUCUUUGUAUAUAUGACUCUGGCUUAGCCCUGUUUAACUGUCUUACUCUGUCCUGUCCAUAGCUCUGGCAGAGGUACUGGGCUCCAAAGUUUGCCUGUCCCGGGACAAGUUCAACAACAUGUGCUGUCUGGAGUCAGAGCGCAUCCGCCAGCUUAUCACCACUGACUGGAAGGCCGCCCAGGUCCACGUGCUACCCAUGAUGCAUCUCAACUUCAAAGUGGGUCCUGUAGUGGUUUUUACAGUUCCUAUAUGUCAAAAGUGCUUAAAGGUAGACUCAGCAAGAUACAAUUCUCCUACAAAGCAGGGCAGCAUCAUCCUCACAGAAAUGCAACAAAAUUCAAACUGCCACAAUUGUCUCUUCCCAAUGUUGGCAUGUUUCAAGGGAGGGCAUACAUUGUAAAAAAAAAAAAGACAAUAGUGGAAGUCUUGACAGAUUUUAAUUAUGUUGUUGUUGUUCGUAAUCAGGUAAUCACCCUGCUGUGUAUAUUGCUGAGUCUACCUUAAACAACAACCACUUUUGUGGUGUCCAUAUAGCAAAAUAACAUGAUACGGUUAAAAACUAAAUAAAUAGAAAACUCGCUACACAAGGCAAGCUUUGCGUAUAGUUUUUUACAUUCAGAAAAAUAGAGAAAUUAUUACUCUUAUUCUUCAUUGUAGCAGUCACUCUGCAAACAACCUUAUCAAGUUCAGCGUACGGUGUGUAUGCAAAGGGCGGAAGUUAGAAUAAUAAGAUGCUAAUUACAGUGACCAACUGCAAGCACAGCAUCUAAUUCACAAAGACUAAAACAUUUCAGCUGCCGUCCUCAAUACACCAGAUGAUACUCGAAGCGAGCAUAACACAAGCCAGAUCCAUUACCAAACACUUUCCACAUAAGUGCUCAUUCAAAACUAAACCGUUAUAAAUAAAAAUCCCUGUACUGCAUAAGAGCAUAUAAUUGAAAUACCCUGGACAAAGUUUUAAAAAAUCAAUCUAAAUUCCAUCAUUCCCAUCUAAAAAUGCCACCCAAAAUAGAAUUUGAGAAGCUUUUGAAAAUGUUUAUUUUAUUUUGAGAUUCCUUUAUAUUUUCAUGAGUAUUUAUACAAUAAUGAGAAAUGUCAUGAGGCAGAGGGAUGUUGAUAUUGAAAAAUCAUUUCAUGUUUUACUGCUUUAGAUUGACACAUUCAAAAUCAUUCAAAAUUAAUUUGCUGCUUUACAAGUUGUAAAAUAUAAUUAAUUUGAAUUGCUUCUAUAUUCUUUUAGGUGACUUAAAGCAGAAAUCUGCAGGUCGUGGGCGACCCUAUGACGCCCCACUUCUUGUGUAGUGUUUACUUUGAACGAAAACAAGGGGGUUGAGCCCUGAGCCGCCUUGGACGGCCUUCUGGGUAAGGUGCGUCUGCGCUAAUCACGCCUACUCUAAUGACCCUGCUGCCCCGGAGCUGGAGAGGAAGUGAAAGUCACUUGCAACCUAACGUUACAGCUGCCAGAAACAAACAGAGAAGACGAAGCCAACAAAUGUAAUUCUUGGAUCUGAAUCAACUCAACCCCAAAAGAAAAAAAAGGCUAGAAAAAGACUGCUCAUGGCCAAUCCAGAAACCGGAUUAACAUUGGAAUUAAUUUUGAAAGGUGGAAGAGUGACGAAGAAAUGGCCACAGUUGUCAUGGAUUGGUAACGUUAGGUAAGUGUUGGGUUGCGUUUUUAGCCUGCUAGCAACGUUAGCUGCUAACCUUAGUGUGUUCAAUGUUCAAGCAAGCUAACACGGCUACAUACCUAGCUAACAUAUUUUGUAUUCGGACUGUUUUGUACUCAAAGGAAUCUAAUGAUAGCAUCAUGUAGCUACACUGCAUAAACUCCACCAAUCUCUCCCUGAGAAAUACAUGUGUGUGUGAUGUUACUGUACCGAAUUUUAUAUACUUUUUUGGGGGUGGUCCUGGGCCGAAAAUGCUUUCGACCACCUAGCUAGCUGUUAUUAUCAUCAACAAACUAAACACGCCAUCAUGUCAACAAUCUGCAUUUCUAGCUUUAGCUAGCUAACGUUGGCUAGUUGAAAUAAAGGCAUUGGGCAUCUUGUGGGGUUUAUGCAGUGUAGCUACUGUACAUGAUGCUAUCGUUAGAUUCCUUUGAGUUCAAAACAGUCUGAAUAUAGAAUGUUAUAUUUCUCUCGAUUAUUUUUCUCUCUGGGUCGAGUUAAUUCAGAUCCAAGAACUGAGAAUGAUGCUUGUUGGCUUUGUCUGCUCGGUUUGUUUCUGGCAGUUGUAACGUUCGUUUGCAAGUGACUUUCACUUACUCUCCAGCUCCGGGGCAACAGGGUCAUUAGAGUAGGAAGGAUUAGCACAAAGACGCACCUUGCCCAGAAGGCCAGCCCAGGCGGUUCAGGGCUCAACCCCCUUGUUUUCGUUCAAAGUGAAAACACUACACAAGAAAUGGGGCGGUAUAGGGUCGCCCACGACCUGCGGAUUCCUGCGGAUUCCUGCUUUAACACUUUCAUUGUGUUUUUGGUGUUUCUGUGCAUUUGAUCUAGUGUGGGGGUAGGCAAUCAUAGUGCCAGACCCUGGAAUGCCAAACGCACUUAGGUUUUCUUGUAAACUAUUUAGCUUUAGACCACCUGGGAGACCAAGUUGAUGUAAUUCAGCCAAUCACUGAUAUUGAUCAAUUGGCAUGGUAAGUAAAGUCGUGUUAUUAUUAUAAGAAGAAGAAGAAGAACUGAGGUACUCAAAGCGCUUUACAUAGUAGGAGGAAACUAACCUCAUCCACCACCAAUUUGUAGAACCUACCUGGGUGAUGCACGGCGACCAUUUUGUGCCAGAACACUCGUCGAGCUAUCAAGUGGAGAGGUGAGGAGUGAUAUACAGUGCAUUGUGAAAGUUUUCAGACCCCUUGACUUUUGCACAUUUUGUUAUGUUACAGCCUUAUUCUAAAAUGGAUUCAAUUACAUUUCUCCCUCAUCAAUCUACACACAAUACCCCAUAAUAACAAAGCGAAAACAGGUUUUUAGAAAUGUUAGCAAAUGUAUAAAAAUAAAGAAAACUGAUUACAUAAGUAUUCAUACCUUUUGCUAUGAGACUCGAAAUUGAGCUCAGGUGCAUCCUGUUUCCACUGAUCAACCUUGAGAUGUUUCUACAACUUAAUUGGAGUCCACCUGGGGUAAAUUAAAUUGAUUGGACAGGAUUUGGAAAGGCACACACCUGUUUAUAUAAGGUCCCAGAAUUGACAGUGCAUGUCAGAGCAAAAACCAAGCCAUGAGGUGGAAGGAAUUGACCGUAGAGCUCCGAGACAGGAUUGGGUUGAGGCACAGCUCUGGGGAAGGCUACCAAAAAAUGUGUGUAGCAUUGAAGGUCCCCAAGAACACAGUGGCCUCCAUCAUUCUUAAAUGGAAGAAGUUUGGAACAACCAAGUCUCUUACUAGAGCUGGCCUCCCGGCCAAACUGAACAAUCAGGGGAGAAGGGCCUUGGUCAGGGAGUUGACCAAGAAACCCGCUGGUCACUCAGAGUUCCACUGUGGAGAUGGGAGAACCUUCCAGAAGGACAACCAUCUCUGCAGCACUCCACCAAUCAGGCCUUUAUGGUAGUGGCCAGAAGGAAGCCACUCCUCAGUAAAAGGAACAUGACAGCUUGGAGUUUGCCAAAAGGCACCUAAAGGACUCUCAGACCUUGAGAAACAUGAUUCUCUGGUCUGAAGAAAGACCAAGAUUGAACUAUUUGGCCUGAAUGCCAAGCGUCACAUCUUUGAGGAAACCUGGCAACAUCCCUACGGUGAAGCGUGGUGGCAGCAUCAUGCUGUGGGGAUGUUUUUCAGCGGCAGGGACUGGGAGACUAGUCAGGAUCGAGGGAAAGAUGAACGGAGCAAAAUACAGAGAGAUCCUUGAUGAAAACCUGCUCCAGAGUGCUCAGGACCUCAGACUGGGGGCGAAGGUUCACCUUCCAACAGGACAACGACCCUAAGCACACAGCCAAGACAUCGCAGUAGUGGCUUCGGGACAAGUCUCUGAAUGUCCUUGAGUGGCCCGGACUUGAACCCGAUUUGAAUAUCUCUGGAGAGACCUGAAAAUAGCUGUGCAGCGACGCUCCCCAUCCAACCAGACAGCGCUUGAGAGGAUCUGCAGAGAAGAACGGGAGAAAAUCCCCAAAUACAGGUGUGCCAUGCUUGCAGCGUCAUACCCAAGAAGACUUGAGGCUGUAAUCGCUGCCAAAGGUGCUUCAACAAAGUACUGAGUAAAGGGUCUGAAUACUUAUGUAAAUGUAUAGUUCUUUUUUUUUUUUUUUUUUUUUUUUUUGGUGCAAACAUUUCUAAAACCUGUUUUUGCUUUGUCAUUAUGGGGUAUUGUGUGUAGAUUGAUGAUAUAUACAUAUAUAUAUAUAUUUAAUCCAUUUUAGAAUAAGGCUGUAACAUAACAAAAUGUGGAAAAAGUUAAUGGGUCUGAAUACUUUCCGGCUGAUUAGGUGGCUAUGAUGGAAUGGGGCCAGGUUGGGAGAUUAGCCAUUACACCGGGGCAAACACCCCUACUUACCUAGUUAAAUAAAGGUUAAAUAAAAUAAAAUACUCUUAUGAUGAGUGCCAUGGGAUUUUUGAAUGACCACAGAGUUUAACAUCACAUCCGAAAGACGGCACUCUACGCAGGGCAAUGUCCCCUUCACUGCCCCGGGGCAUUGGGAUCUCCCCAGAGAGAAGAGUGCCCCCUACCUGCACUCCAACACCACUUCCAGCAGCAUCUGGUCUCCCAUCCAGGGACUGGCCAGGACCAACCCUGUUUAGCUUCAGAGGCAAGCCAGCAGUGGGAAUGCAGGGUGGUAUGCCGCUGGUUGGGAUUAAACUCUGGAGUACAUGUGGCAUUACAGGACUAGCCCUUUACCCCUGCACUAGUGGAAAGUUUGCACCUGAUAUAAUACAACAUUUCAAAAUAUAAAGGGUGGGGCUAAGAGUAUGACGAACACUAGGUCACAUGUCGGUAGUGCCGUUUUGGCUUUGGUUUUCAUUCGUCUCAGAAAAGAACAGCCUCAAACUAUCUGUCCACUCCUCACAAUGACUAAACCAAGGAACUCCCAUGUCCUUUUUUCCUUUCCAGAACCUGCAGGCUCAUCUGAGUAGGUUCUCGAGGCAGUACGACCAGCUGGUAGCCUUCAAGCCCACAGGCUGGACCUUUAGUCAGAGGGUGGAGGCUGUGGAGGAUAUCAAGCCUAAGGUCCAUGGCAACAUCAGCAUCUAUGGUACAGCCCAAUUCCUACUACCUACUACUAUCUAUAGCAGGUGUGCUCAGAUCUGUUCCUCGAGGCCCAGAGCACUGCUGGUUUUGGUCCUAGACAUGAAAUUUAAAGCAUGCUAACUGGGAGACAUUGACUGACAUUAGCCUUGUCAUGCCUACUACUUACUAAAACGUCAUACUGUGUUCGAAUCAUACUACAUACGAUUUAGAAGGUACUGUUUUAGUAAAAAUGUAUACAGUAAGCAACAAAUAUCAACAUGCUAGGCUCACCCAUUAUGUGAAUGCGUCAUCUAAUGCACAAUUGUGCUGUUUCCAUCCUUCCGUUCAUUUUGGUGUAGCAUCCCCUGAGCUAAUUGUCAGCUGUUGUCAAUCACACACAGUCUGAAAAAACGAUUAUCUUCCUCAGUAGCAUGCAGCGAAUUAUACUUGAUGAAAAGCCGGAAUGAGUAUGACAUCCAGGCAUUUAAAGGGAUAGUGCGAGAUUCUGGCAAUUAAUUAACUAAUGGAUACCAUUUUUAUGUCUCUGCGUCCAGUAUGAAGGAAGUUUAGAGGUAGUUUCGUGAGCCAAUGACUGGAAGUCUACCGGUACAGCUAGCUAGCAUUAGCUCGCAAAACUACCUUUAACUUCCUUCAAACUGCACACUGAGACAUAGAAAUGGUAUCCAUGAGUUCAUCUCACUCUGGGUAAAUAGAAUUACCAGAAUCUCGCACUAUCCCAUCAGAAACUGAUGAAACCAUGUGUGUGCACAUGAACUGAUAAAUUAAGUCCCAGGAGAAGAACUAGUAGGGAGGAAAACCCUAGCAGGACUACGAAACUAAAGGACCUGAGCACCCCUGAUCUAUGGUAUAGGACUCUACCUAUGGCACUGUGCUCAGUAUGAUAAUGAUGACAUGGUAAUUUAGCAGACUCUUUUAUCCAAGGCAGCUUACAGUUAAGACAUCAAAUAACUAUAGGGAUGACAUCACCAUACUCCAACCACUGAACUAUCUGAUACCUGAUUCACAACCUGGCUCAGAUAUUUUCUUUUCACAUUGUCUUUUUCAGCACGGGUCCAGCAACUAUCAUUUACAUUUUAGAUUUUAGUCAUUUAGCAGACGCUCUUAUCCAGAGCGACUUACUGGAGCAAUUAGGGUUAAGUGCCUUGCUCAAGGGCGCAUCGACAGAUUUUUCACCUAGUAGGCUCGAGGAUUAGAACCAGUGACCUUUCGGUUACUGGCACAACGCUCUAAACCACUAAGCUACCUGCCGCCCCAUGGUGGAUGCAUAACCAGGCUGAUUUUUGGCAAUGGUCUUUGGCAAAUCUUUUCACACAUCCAUAAUAGAGAUUAACACUGGGAACCGGGAUUCCGAGAUUUUCACACAUGCUCCUUCCCGAGGAAAAAAAUGACGGGAUCUCAGGAACAAUAAUAUACUAUUUCUAUGCAAAAAUACAAAAUAUGCAUGUGCGAACUAUCUGGCUUUAUUCACACAUUAGACCAGUGAUCACAACGCUCACUAAUAGAAAACAUCACUUGUGUCGCUUAUAACUUGCAUUGUGCAUUGACUAUCAUGAAACUAUAGCAGGCUAUAUGUGACCUCUACGCAGUUAGGUAGGCAAUCUCACAUUGAUAAAUCUCCAAACUUGAGCUGUGUGGCACUGGCAAGGGCUUGAAAAUAUAAACUGUGGCUACGCACUGUUAACAAAAUGGCUGAUACAUUGUGUCUGCAAAAGCGCUGGAGGAAAUAGACUUUUGCAACAUGUUCCAUGAUGUUACACUAACAAAUGCGAGAGCACAGGCUUGACUAUGAAGUCAGAUUCGUGGGGAAUUUAUCAACCGUGGUGCUGAGUCUCCGCUUUUGCCUCUAUUUGCUUAUUUGUUUAGCGCAGCAUCGGAUAUGUUCCCUGUGGCUACUAUCCUGCAGCUGAGUGACUCAUCCACGCCUUUAUUUCAUCCCAUUUGAACUAUUGUAACACCCUUUUUGUUGGCGCAUAUGUGCCUAGAUGUGCAGCACAGUUCUGGACAUAUUGUAGCCUGUGUCCUCACCCACACCUCCCCCCGCGAGCACAUCACUCCAGUGCUUCUCAACCUACACUGGCUCCCCAUAUGCGCACACAUCGACUACAAAAUCCUGGUUCAAACGUACCAAGCUAGCCACAACUCUGGACCCAAGUACCUGUCUGACCUCAUUCUACCCUCCUGCCCCACACGUACCCUUCUCCUCCAGGUCCGUCUCCCUUCAGCAGCCCCGCAGCAGACUAAAAACUAUGGGUGACAGGGCUUUCAGUUCCGCGGCUGUGGAACGUACUUCCAGACACUAAUAGGGCUGUGGAGUCUCUGUCAUCCUUUAAGGCACAGCUCAAGAACGUGCUGUUCAGAAAAGCUUUCAUGGACCUCUGCUAAUGACGACACCUGUAUAUACAGUGGGGAAAAAAAGUAUUUAGUCAGCCACCAAUUGUGCAAGUUCUCCCACUUAAAAAGAUGAGAGGCCUGUAAUUUUCAUCAGAGGUACACGUCAACUAUGACAGACAAAAUGAGAAAAGAAAUUCCAGAAAAUCACAUUGUAGGAUUUUUAAUGAAUUUAUUUGCAAAUUAUAAUGGUGGAAAAUUAUUAUGGUGGAAAAUAAGUAUUUGGUCAAUAACAAAAGUUUCUCAAUACUUUGUUAUAUACCCUUUGUUGGCAAUGACACAGGUCAAACGUUUCUGUAAGUCUUCACAAGGUUUUCACACACUGUUGCUGGUAUUUUUGGCCAUUCUUCCAUGCAGAUCUCCUCUAGAGCAGUGAUGUUUUGGGGCUGUCGCUGGGCAACACAGACUUUCAACUCCCUCCAAAGAUUUUCUAUGGGGUUGAGAUCUGGAGACUGGCUAGGCCACUCCAGGACCUUGAAAUGCUUCUUACGAUGCCACUCCUUCGUUGCCCGGGCGGUGUGUUUGGGAUCAUUGUCAUGCUGAAAGACCCAGCCACGUUUCAUCUUCAAUGCCCUUGCUGAUGGAAGGAGGUUUUCACUCAAAAUCUCACGAUACUUGGCCCCAUUCAUUCUUUCCUUUACAUGGAUCAGUCGUCCUGGUCCCUUUGCAGAAAAACAGCCCCAAAGCAUGAUGUUUCCACCCCCAUGCUUCACAGUAGGUAUGGUGUUCUUUGGAUGCAACUCAGCAUUCUUUGUCCUCCAAACACGACAAGUUGAGUUUUUACCAAAAAGUUAUAUUUUGGUUUCAUCUGACCAUAUGACAUUCUCCCAAUCCUCUUCUGGAUCAUCCAAAUGCACUCUAGCAAACUUCAGACGGGCCUGGACAUGUACUGGCUUAAGCAGGGGGACACGUCUGGCACUGCAGGAUUUGAGUCCCUGGCGGGGUAGUGUGUUACUGAUGGUAGGCUUUGUUACUUUGGUCCCAGCUCUCUGCAGGUCAUUCACUAGGUCCCCCCGUGUGGUUCUGGGAUUUUUGCUCACCGUUCUUGUGAUAAUUUUGACCCCACGGGGUGAGAUCUUGCGUGGAGCCCCAGAUCGAGGGAGAUUAUCAGUGGUCUUGUAUAUCUUCCAUUUCCUAAUAAUUGCUCCCACAGUUGAUUUCUUCAAACCAAGCUGCUUACCUAUUGCAGAUUCAGUCUUCCCAGGCUGGUGCAGGUCUACAAUUUUGUUUCUGGUGUUCUUUGACAGCUCUUUGGUCUUGGCCAUAGUGGAGUUUGGAGUGUGACUGUUUGAGGUUGUGGACAGGUGUCUUUUAUACUGAUAACAAGUUCAAACAGGUGCCAAUAAUACAGGUAACGAGUGGAGGACAGAGGAGCCUCUUAAAGAAGAAGUUACAGGUCUGUGAGAGCCAGAAAUCUUGCUUGUUUGUAGGUGACCAAAUACUUAUUUUCCACCAUAAUUUGCAAAUAAAUUCAUAGAAAAUCCUACAAUGUGAUUUUCUGGAUUUCUUUUCCUCAAUUUGUCUGUCAUAGUUGACAUGUACCUAUGAUGAAAAUUACAGGCCUCUCUCAUCUUUUUAAGUGGGAGAACUUGCACAAUUGGUGGCUGACUAAAUACUUUUUUUCCCCACUGUAGCUUUGAUUGUUGUCUGUGUUUGAUGUUCUGGAUUAUGUCUUUUUUUUCGCCUUGGGUGUGAGAAAAGCGCUUUACAAAUUAAAUGUAUUAUUAUUAUUAUCAUUAUUAUUAUUGACUCUAAAAAGAACGAGGACAAGUGCAGAGCAGACCAUCAAGAAAUAAUCUUAUUUGUAUGCCUAGCAAUCACAAAUGGACAUUAUUUGAAACACACGUGUUUGUGAUUGCUAGGUAUACAAAUAAGAUUUCUUGAUACUGCCUUUGAAACAAGGUCUAGUUCCGGACUAGAUUGCGAACGACUCUUGGCGGAAUGCAAUUGCUUGACUGCUGCGAGGCAUGGGGUGAUCACAUUGGCUGGUGAUGAUAAUUUUUUCUAGUCUCAGUCACAAAUGACAGCUCCAAUAAGCCCCUUAUGGUGAACAAAAGGCUUGUAGAAUCAUGAUUCUUUCAAGUUUUUACAGUGAGGGGAAAAAAGUAUUUGAUCCCCUGCUGAUUUUGUACAUUUGCCCACUGACAAAGACAUGAUCAGUCUAUAAUUUUAAUGGUAAGUUUAUUUGAACAGUGAGAGACAGAAUAACAACAACAAAAUCCAGAAAAACGCAUGUCAAAAAUGUGAUAAAUUGAUUUGCAUUUUAAUGAGGGAAAUAAGUAUUUGACCCCUCUGCAAAACAUGAUUUAGUACUUGGUGGCAAAACCCUUGUUGGCAAUCAGAGGUCAGACGUUUCUUGUAGUUGGCCACCAGGUUUGCACACAUCUCAGGAGGGAUUUUGUCCCACUCCUCUUUGCAGAUCUUCUCCAAGUCAUUAAGGUUUUGAGGCUGACAUUUGGCAACAUGAACCUUCAGCUCCCUCCACAGAUUUUCUAUGGGAUUAAGGUCUGGAGACUGGCUAGGCCCCUCCAGGACCUUAAUGUGCUUCUUCUUGAGCCACUCCUUUGUUGCCUUGGCCGUGUGUUUUGGGUGAUUGUCAUGCUGGAAUACCCAUCCACGACUCAUUUUCAAUGCCCUGGCUGAGGGAAGGAGAAUCUCACCCAAGAUUUGACGGUACAUGGCCCCGUCCAUCGUCCCUUCGAUGCGGUGAAGUUGUCCGGUCCCCUAAGCAGAAAAACACCCCCAAAGCAUAAUGUUUCCACCUCCAUGUUUGACGAUGGGGGUGGUGUUCUUGGGGUCAUAGGCAGCAUUCCUCCUCCUCCAAACACAGCGAGUUGAGUUGAUGCCAAAGAGCUCGAAUUUGGUCUCAUCUGACCACAACACUUUCACCCAGUUCUCCUCUGAAUCUUUCAGAUGUUCAUUGGCAAACUUCAGACGGGCCUGUAUAUGUGCUUUCUUGAGCAGGGGGACCUUGCGGGAGCUGCAGGAUUUCAGUCCUUCACGGCGUAGUGUGUUACCAAUUGUUUUCUUGGUGACUAUGGUCCCAGCUGCCUUGAGAUCAUUGACAAGAUCCUCCCAUGUAGUUCUGGGCUGAUUCCUCAACGUUCUCAUGAUCAUUGCAACUCCACGAGGUGAGAUCUUGCAUGGAGCCCCAGGCCGAGGGAGAUUGACAGUUAUUUUAUGUUUCUUCCAUUUGCGAAUAAUCGCACCAACUGUUAUCACCUUCUCACCAAGCUGCUUGGCGAUGGUCUUGUUGCCCAUUCCAGCCUUGUGUAGGUCUACAAUCUUGUCCCUGACAUCCUUGGAGAGCUCUUUGGUCUUGGCCAUGGUGGAGAGUUUGGAAUCUGCUUGAUUGAUUGCUUCUGUGGACAGGUGUCUUUUAUACAGGUAACAAGCUGAGAUUAGGAGCACUCCCUUUAAGAGUGUGCUCCUAUUCUCAGCUCGUUACCUGUAUAAAAGACACCUGGUAGCCAGAAAUCUUUCUGAUUGAGAGGGGGUAAAAUUCUUAUUUCCGUCAUUAAAAUGCAAAUCAAUUUAUAACAUUUUUGACAUGCCUUUUUCUGGAUUUUUUUGUUGUUAUUCUGUAUCUCACUGUUCAAAUAAACCUACCAUUAAAAUGAUAGACUGAUAAUUUCUUUGUCAGUGGGCAAACGUACAAAAUCAGCAGGGGAUCAAACAUUUUUUUCCCUCACUGUAGUUCCUCUUUCACCAGUAGGGGGUCCUGCAUGCUCUGGGCAUUACUGAAUCAAAUAAACAAAAUGUGUCAAAAUAUUUGUUCUUUUGACUGAACGAGUUGAAAAGAUCAGGGUCAGUAAAAAGAGCCGAACUUCCCAUCACUACAAUACUGAUAGGAUCGAAAGAAAGACAGCGCCUCUCUCGGAUCAACUCGGUCACAGAGAGACAAAUAAACAUAUUGAUACUUUGUUUAGCACAGAUCUUCUGUGUAUAAAGUGACUCACGCGGAAAGGCAAAAAAAGCACCUAAUGAUGCACUUACAUGCUGACCACACCGAUCGGGUCGCAAAAUAAAUGUAGACAUACGUUAUUCAAUCAUUGCACCCACACUGCUCGCGUGCAUCAACGAGCAUCUGCAAGUCCCGCCUCUCCCAUCUCUGCGCUGCAAGUCCCGCCUCUCCCAUCUCCUCAUUGGUUUUUAGGAACAUAUACCCCCGUGGGUGGUUGAAAGAUUAACUGAGGUCCACACUCCAGUCCAGUUGGUGGUGGUGGUAAUGCACCUUAAAGUUGGUUGCCAAUCGCCAUAUAAAGUCAGAAGAAGAAGCCUGAAGGAGGAGAGAUUUACUAGAAACUAACUCGGUUUACCCUUUUAUCUGUGGAUUAGUUGUCAGAGUAGAGGACCUUGUGCAUUUCAGGUAAAAUAACAAUCCAAUGUUCAUAUCCCAGGACAAAUUAGUUAGCAACAGCAAUCUAGCUAAAUUGACAUAAAUGUUUAAUGCUUUUCGACCUGUCCCCAAAUUAAUAUAGUUGGUUCAGAAUUCAUUUUGAUAUUUCAACCUGCGUGUCCUGAUCGCGUCUGGUGUGGGUGGACAAAAUCAACAUGCGAUGGCGAGUGGUCUGAGGCAGUCGAUAAAUAACAAGCGUUUUCAAGUGCAACUUUAGUUACGAUGAUUUUGACAAAAACAGCCCAGAGAUUUAACAUUGCUACUAUGAAGGGCCUAACGAUGAACUUAGCCUUAAAAUGCUUUUGGGAAACCAGGUCCUGGUGCGUAAUUUCACAAGAGAACAGUGAGAGAGAGUCUAUACAUCUCUAGCCUAAGUUAAAUGCUUAUGCAUAUCAACCCAUCGGUUAUUAGCUAAAUAUAAGGUCUAAUACUGCAGUGAAUUUACUACCUGUGCUAUCUAUGCAAGACAGCAAACAACUCUUCGCCAGUGUCCAGUUUACCCAUGUCAAGUGGUUACACAUUGACGCACGCAAUUGAUACAAAAUGUGGAGUCAGCAUUUAACCACCUGCUUUACUAAAAUGGAUCAACGGCUGAUCAUUAUCAGGACAAUAUCAUUUAUAUUUUAUUGGUUUCAUCUUUAUCAUCGCUAUUGCACUACAAAAGUCUCUCUCUCCCUUCAGACUUCACCCAUCAAUAAUUUUGAUAUUAUCCUGUAGGCUACAGGCAACUUUUUAAGUCUUUUUAAAACAGCACAUCUACAUAUAAGCUAGGCCUACUGCAGAUCAUUUGUGACCCACCACCUGGAUUCGGUCCUAUGUAGCAACAUUUGAAGUGGUGUUUUUUACAUUGGAUAAAAGUAGAGACUCCACGCAAAAAAAUUGUAUAUCAUACACUGCAGUUGAGGAACAAUGAGAAAGUAAUUCUGCUUUGAAAGUUGAUAAACUUGUAACUCCACUUUUGAGAAAAUGCCACGUGAAUGUUUUGGUACACCUACUGGAGAGCUCUUCUUUGUCUACACCCAUUCAGCAUCGUUCACACCCUCUUAAGCCUUAACCCCACCCAUAUCUUUAAGGAUUCAAAGUGUAGUAAACAACCAAAGUGGUGAAAGUAGUAGCAAAAAUGUGUAGUAAAAAUAAACUUUAUCUAGUCCUUGGCCUAUAUCCUAAUCUGAUUUUGGUGCAGGUCAUGUUGUUCUUCACAUUACCGUCUCUGGUAAACACACACUAUAUCAAAUAAAAUCUAAGUUUAUUUGUCACAUGCCUAGGAUACAGAAGGUGUAAACGGUACAGUGAAAUGGUUACUUGCAUAGUGGAGUCUUUUUUUUUUUUUACAUGUAGCAAGCUAGCUAGCUAAACAAUUAACCAUAAUCCCAACUCUAAUGCCACGUUCAAAACAACUGGGAAUUCGGAAAUCUCAGACUUCCGAGCAUUCAAAACAACUGGGAACUCGGAAAAAAACCAGCUCCGACUGGGGAAAACUCAAUUUGAACAGUCAUCCAACUCGGAAUUCCAACUCGGGAACUCGGGCCUCUUUCUAGGGCUCCGACUUUUCGACCUGAAGGUCACUGACCUCACUGGCCUCGUAUCUUUCCAAGUUCCCAGUUGUUUUAUACUACCACGCAUGAAUCUGCAGGUAGCUAAAGCUAACCAAUUAGGUUCAAUGUUAGCUAUCUAUGUUAUGUUAGCUUUCCAAGAUACAAAUAAUAUUACUAAACAGAUCAUACACGUAAUGUUAGCUAGCGAGCCAGCCAGCUAACGUUAGCUAGCUAUAAUAUCUGAAAAUGGAUGUCACGAUCAUCCUCCAGAAAGUAGUCCAUCACAAAUUUUUCCCACUGAGCUUUGUCGAUAGCGCUAUUAACUUCAGGGCAGCAAUGUUAAGAGCAGUAGCAAAACUUUUUCAGUUCUUCAUGAUAUAUUUUUUUUUAAGCUGCGGUAGACAGGAUUAUCCACACAUACUGAGCAGCUCGUGUUAUACACAGAAGCAUGCUACAUGGCAGACCAAUCCGAACUCAUCUCUCGGCAUGUCCAGCCCAUCUAUUAUCUCAGUCAGUCAUGGCUUGCGGGAAGGUUCCUGUAUUUUUCCGUGGCUAAACCAACUAGGCUCAUUAUUUAACAAUUGUAUUCGUAUUUACAGAUGGCAGACAAGUAUGUUAUUAAGGCACAUGAAAGUUCACAUAUUCCAGAAGGCCUUUCUGAACAAAUAAAAAAAAAGGCAUUUUGAUUUUUUUUUUUAACGACAUUCAAAUGCCUCUCCUGUGAAUUAGUGACGUGAGACAUAUUCCUAGUUUCUUGAAACUGCUGCUCCUGUUUCUGACUUCUAUUUUGCUGCUCCUUUCUCACUUGGCUCCCCCUCCCUCUCUCUCUCACUCUAGGCAUCCCCUACAGUGAGCACAGCAGCUACCUGGAGCUGAGGCGUUUUGUCCAGUGGCUGCGGCCCCUCAAGAUAAUCCCCACGGUCAACGUGGGCAGCUGGGCUAGCCGGAAGGCCAUGGAGAGGUGCUUCAGCGAGUGGCUAACAGAGGCUUACAAGGCUAAUAAUGUUAAAGGAAUCUAA